CCCUCACGUAGCGGAACUACGUCACAAAAAAGCACUGGCCCACCAAAACAUCAACUGGGUAGCACAACUAAAAAAUUACGGACUUUCUUACCUCGUAUAUUUGUUUGCGCGUUUAUGCUUUUCUCCCCUCCAUUUUGUUAGCUCGACACCGUAUUAAGGAGGACUGAACAGCUAGAGCGACGCUGAAUAGCUCAAUGUAAUUGUGGUCCUAGGCCGCCACCAUUGCUUCUCAGACUGUUUUCACCGGGGUGCGUUGGUGUUUGUUAAUAACACGAUACAAGGAUUCUUGACGCUUGUCAGAAGUCUUGUUUCCAUAGACAUCACAUAUGCAAUUCGUGUUUGAAAGUGGUACAAAUUCGACACUUAAAGUAAUAUUGUCUGACUACAUACUUGACGUAUAAUGAUAACGAGUAUAGGCUAACGUUUAGAAUAAGCUAGUGGAUCAUAGGGGGUUGGGCCUCGUCUCCAUCCAUUUGACGGGUUAUAUUCUUCUGUAGUAAUUUGGACGUGUUUUGUUAUUCACUGCCUCUGCUAUGUCGCUUCACGGUAAGCGCAAAGAAAUCUACAAAUACGAGGCACCAUGGACGGUAUAUGCAAUGAAUUGGAGUGUCCGACCGGACAAACGCUUCCGACUUGCGCUUGGUAGUUUUGUCGAAGAAUACAACAACAAGGUGCAGUUGGUUGGGCUUGAGGAAGAGAGCUCUGAGUUUUUGUGUCGGAACACAUUUGAUCACCCCUACCCCACCACCAAGAUAAUGUGGAUCCCAGACACCAAGGGUGUGUACCCCGACCUGCUGGCCACCAGCGGAGACUACCUGCGCAUCUGGAGGGUGAAUGAGACGGACACGCGCCUGGAAUGUCUUCUGAACAACAACAAAAACUCAGACUUCUGCGCCCCGCUGACGUCCUUCGACUGGAACGAGGUGGACCCCAACCUGCUGGGCACCUCCAGCAUUGACACCACCUGCACCAUCUGGGGUCUGGAGACGGGGCAGGUUCUGGGCAGAGUGAACCUGGUGUCAGGGCACGUGAAGACCCAGCUCAUCGCCCAUGAUAAGGAGGUGUAUGACAUAGCCUUCAGCCGUGCGGGUGGAGGGAGGGACAUGUUUGCGUCGGUGGGGGCGGACGGCUCGGUGCGGAUGUUCGAUCUGCGGCACCUGGAGCACAGCACCAUCAUCUACGAGGACCCACAGCACCACCCGCUGCUACGCCUCUGCUGGAACAAGCAGGACCCCAACUACCUGGCCACUAUGGCCAUGGACGGCAUGGAGGUGGUGAUUCUGGAUGUGCGUGUGCCCUGCACCCCUGUGGCCCGCCUCAACAACCACCGCGCCUGCGUCAACGGCAUUGCCUGGGCACCGCACUCCUCCUGCCACAUCUGCACCGCAGCGGACGACCACCAGGCUCUGAUCUGGGACAUCCAGCAGAUGCCCAGGGCCAUCGAGGACCCCAUCCUGGCGUACACAGCCGAGGGAGAGAUCAACAACGUCCAGUGGGCCUCCACCCAGCCGGAUUGGAUCGCCAUCUGCUACAACAACUGCCUGGAGAUCCUGCGCGUGUGACGCCAGUCCUGAGGGGGGCCGGGCCUGGGCCGGGGCCUGACUCCCAACAGAGCCACAACGCUGGGGGGACCGCGGCCCUCUGAAGGACUCUUGUCUGCCCCCACCACACAUGCAGUUGGUUGUGUAUGUCUGUGUAUGCAUGUGUGUUACCUUUGGGGACAAGUGUGCCCUGUUUGUGCGUGUGUGUGUUACCUCUGGUAACAAGGGUGUCCUGUGUGUGUGUGUGCCAGUUACCUCUAGGGGUGAGGAUUUCAUUGGCAUGUCUUGGAGCCAGACCUCAUCCAUGAACUGUGUGUACAGUUGUCCAGUCUUGACGUGUCCCAGGAUGACGACAUGGAUGUACACCAGAGCAGAAGUACACACACAUGGUGGCUGUCUGGGGACUACCCCGGUAAGCAGGAACGCUGGGAACGUCUCCUGGUACAGGACGUGGGGCAGGGACAGACUCCCUGAUGGACACACCGUGUUCUUAGGCCGAAACAGAACUUUCAGCAUGUUGAUAAGUUGAUUGACGAUUACGUUUUAUCUGAUGGAGUAGAUUGUUAUUUUAGUGUAUGCAAUGUAUUGUUUUAUUUUUUAGCAGUGUGAACAUUAGAAUUAUUCUUAAUUCCCUUAAAUUGAUUGCGUAGUGUCAGUAUAUCAUAUGAAUAUUUCAACUGAACCAAAUGUUGUAAUCCAUUGAAUUGUGUUUUUUUUAUCAUAAAAUAUCAUCUGGUCAAUUGUGAUAU